GUAUUUUUCUCGUUCGAUGGACUUUUGUUGUGUAGCUGAGAACGAUUUUACUUCCGGUUCUCCUUUUCCGGUCCUCUUUCCUGCCUCCGUUUCAAGAUGACUAAGAAGAGAAGGAACAACGGACGUGCGAAGAAGGGCCGUGGUCAUGUCCAGCCCAUCCGCUGCACCAACUGUGCCCGCUGUGUUCCCAAGGACAAGGCCAUCAAGAAGUUUGUCAUCAGGAACAUCGUGGAGGCUGCCGCUGUGAGGGACAUCUCAGAAGCUAGUGUGUUUGACUCUUACGUAUUGCCCAAGCUGUACGUGAAGCUGCAUUACUGUGUCAGCUGUGCCAUCCACAGCAAGGUGGUGAGAAACAGAUCCCGGGAGGCCCGCAAGGACCGAACACCACCUCCACGCUUCAGGCCUAGUGGUGCUGCACCCAGAGCUCCUGCAAAGCCCAUGUGAAGCAAAUCAACUGUCACAUUCUGUGCAUUUUUAUGCAUAAAAAUUAAAAAAAUAUCUAAAACAG